AUGUCAUAUCCUAACUACUUUGAAGGAUUGGGAGUUGUUGAAGAACAAGGAUGGCCACAAACUAAUAAAGUCAAAUAUGCCCCUAAGAAAUUAGGUCCCAAUGAUAUUGAUAUCAAGAUAAAUGUGUGUGGGGUUUGUGGGUCAGAUGUUCACAACUCAGCUGGUCGCUGGGGGGAACGUCAUUUUCCAAUGGUUCCUGGUCAUGAGGUCAUUGGCCAUAUAGUAAAACUUGGACCACAAUGCUCGAGGGGGCUUAAAAUUGGUCAAAGGGUGGGCCUUGGACCGGUAAUAUUAAGUUGCGAAAACUGUGAAAGCUGCAAAAGGGGGCAUUAUGGAUCUUGCCCCGAUUUGGUCGUCACUUAUAACGGGAAAUAUGAGGAUGGGAAUGUUUCAAGAGGUGGGUUUGCUUCUCAUAUUAGAAUAAAUGAAAACUAUGCAUUUGAAAUCCCAGAAAAUAUUACAUCGGAAGUUGCGGCUCCAUUGCUAUGUGCUGGAAUCACUGCCUUUGCCCCACUUUAUAGGAAUAAAGUACAAAAAGGAUCAAAAAUUGGCAUUGUUGGUAUUGGAGGUGUAGGUCACAUGGGGGUUUUGUUUGGGAAAUAUUUUGGAAGCAAGGUGGUUGCUUUCGAUGUCGUUGAAGCCAAGAGAGCCCCGGUUCUUCAACAAUUGAAUGCUGACAAUUUUUUCAACAAUUCUGAGGAAAAACAGCUAGAUGAAGCAAUCAAGCUCUACAAGGGCUCUCUUGAUGUUUUGUUGAUCGCCUCCAAUCAUAUAAAUGGAAUCAACUGGGACAAGUUUAUCUCCUUGAUGAAAUUCGGAGGUAAAAUCAUCACUAUAGCUGAACCGCCAUCAAACGAAGCAUUGAAUAUUCGUCCUUUUAGUUUGAUUGGAUGCUCCUUUGAAGCAAGUGCUAUUGGAAGCUUCGAGGAGACUAAGACAAUGCUUGAUAUAGUCUCAAAAGAACAAGAUCUAAAGGUUUUAGUGGAAAAAUCUCCAUUGUCUUCCGAGAACCUAGCAAAUGCUUUUAGAAAGAUGGAUUUAGGUGACACUAGAUUCAAAAUAGUUAUGACUGACUUUGACAAAUUUUUCAAGUAG